AUGCUUGGUCUUCAUCGUAAUCCUCUCUCUAGGAAACCAUCGAACUCAAGUAAUACAACGAUACCUCUGAACAAAGAUACUGAAGAGGGCAAACGCUCAAAAGCCAUGGCUGAUGACACUCCCGCCGUCAAUGGCAGCCAGAGCCACGACAAUCUCAACGUUGACAAGCCAGCCGUGAUUGCCAAGGAGCCAAAGGUCUCCAAGCCUAUGGUCUAUGAGUCCAGCCCAAGCAAGGAACCGGAUGGCUUGAGCAACGGCACUACAAACCAUGCAAGCCAAAGUAUGACCCAACGCUCUCGAAACCAUACGCGUACCUCCAAAGGCUGGGGCGAUUCCAGUGUCAUGUUCUCAAAAGACCAGCAGGUCACAAUCCUUCAAGAGACGGUCAUCAAAACCCGACGAAAGUUUGUCGCAGAUUUCGAUCAGGCUGAUAAUACCGACAUUCAUAGCUUGACCAUUGAAGGCUUCCUCCAAUUCAUCGAGCGCCAGAGGCUCACACACAUGCCGCAUCGAGGCUCGAGAUGGGACAAAGUCCUCAAGUGGGCGGAGUUCUUCGCUCUCCAGAUAUCGGAAUAUUCCAAGGCUGUUAAAGGCUUCGUCCGUGACAGUGGUCAAGCGGCGCAGUUGAUUUGGGCUGCAGCUUGCGCCUUGCUCGAGCUCGGCCCGAGUAACGUCCAAGCCCUCGACAAGACCUUUGCCGUCUUCUAUGAACUUGGACUUUCCCUUUCGGUUCUCCUGCGCCACGACAACCUCCUCCACGCCGAUGAACACAUCAGAGUGGAGGUAGGCCAGGCCUUCAAUGACUUAUUGACACUAAUUCGAGACGUAAGCAUCUAUUACUACGCUCAGGUGAACGCCGUCUCUGCCGGACAAGUCAGUCUUGAUUUCAACAGCACAUUUGGUGGUCACAUCGAGGCUUUUCACAAACGCAUAGGUCGAAUUACGGACGCUAUGUGGCAAUUUGAGCUCGGCGAUGAUGCGUCUGUGGAUUUCGGGAUUCUUCGAGCCUGGCUCCGUCCUCGCGACCGUAACCUGGAGACCUUGACCAAGAGUCGCCUUCACGCUCCAGGCCAUCGAGACGAGUACACCUGUGAAUGGUUCCAAAGACAUCUCCUCGACUUCUCACGAAGUAAGGAUGAUGCCUUGUCGAUUGUCGGACCUGCAGGCUGCGGCAAGAGUGUCUUGUCUCGUUGGAUCAUUGAGAGGCUGCAGAGGCCGCUCGGCAAGAGAACCUAUGACAUUUUAUUUUUCACAGUUGAAGCAGACGUUCCUAGCGAGACUUCAUCGGUUGCGAUAGCCAAGCAUUUGUUACUACAACUCCUUGAAAAAAACAUAGGCGAUGAGCUUCUGUUCCAAGAUUUGGCUCAGGCGUACGACAUGUCAUUUUCGAAAGAUACCAGCAAUCUCGAGGACUCUUUGUGGAAAUCUUUGGAGAAGGCGAUGGGUCGAUUCGCCACCCAACACUCUCUCUUUGUCAUCAUUGAUGGCCUUGACGAAGUGAAGGGUGGCGAGCAAAGCAGAAAGCAAAUCACCCAUCAGUUGGGGGCGCUCGCCGCGAAGCAUACCAACGUUCAGAUCAUUAUUCUAUCCCGAGACCCUGCCCCAAUGCCAACUGAGGGCAAGGUUCAGACAUUCAAGAUUACCCAUGAUCAUACGCGCGAAGAUCUUAGGCAUGUGGCUGGGCAUGCACUCCAUGGCUACGUGCAUUACCAAGGACAAAGCGAACAUGCUCGCGAAGCGGUUGUUGAACAGCUAAGUCAUGCCGCAAAAGGCAGCUUUCUUGGCCUUCUCUUGACUGUCAAGUUCCUGAGGCAGGAGAAAUCCCACGAAGGGUUUAUGAAAGCAGUCAAAGCUGCCAGGGAUACACCAAACUCUCUUGACGAGCUGAUCAAAAAGCUAGUAGAUACGUUGGACUUCUCCACAUCAAAUACCAAUCACUUGCUGUCCUGGAUGCUCGUAGCUGAGCGGCCAUUCACCAUCACCGAAGUCAAAAAUCUGUUGCAGAUUGACCUCCAAAAGAAACGUUCCGUAGACCGGAAGACGGACAUCAGGGAGGACAUCAAGGCCUCGUUGGGAGCUCUAGUCAUCAUCGACAACGGUUUUGUCCGCGUUCGACAUCCUGCAAUUAGAGCUCAGAUGUUCAAUCUCCAGAGAGAAGGCAAGAAAGUUCUGAGCUAUCAAUCUGCGCAGACCGAUCUUGCCAUGAGACUCCUAGCUUAUUGCCGGUUCAACCUUACCAACUCUCGAGAUCCAGCCUUGGAAGUGGUGGCUAAGACAGAGGUCAACCAGCUUUUUGAGAGUCAUCGACUGUUGGAAUACGCAGUGCGAUACUGGACACUGCACUUCCAUGCUUCUUCGAUGUACACAAGCGCCGAUAAAUUCCAGCUCUCGGCUGAUCUCAAGGCCUUCUUUCCCAGCUCAACACAGCUUGUAAUGCUCGAGUGGGCCUGCUGGGAUCCCUUGGUCGAUUCUAUCAAGACACAUGAGCUUGCCCGCCGCAUACGUACAGAUGUAUUUACUGAAAAGCAUGAGUCGGUACUCCAAAGCUUGAUCAUCUGUGGAGGCCUGUACCAGAAAUGGUCGAAGACGACAGAGGCUAGCAUGUGCUUCUACCGUGCGUCGCACAUUGGCCAAGAAAUACUGCGCGAAAACCAUACAAUUACCAUUGGAUGCACCACGACAUUCCUGACGAUCACCGAGACUAUCAAAACAACAACACGCACGGAGCUGGCAACAUGCAAGGAGGGGAUGCUGAAGUAUAUCAUCAACGCCUGCAAGCAUCAGCAUGGAAAGACGCACGACCUGGUAAUUUGCUAUUACAAGAUGCUCGCGCAGCUGUACAUUGAAAUUCGCGAAGAGCACCAUGCUGAAAAUACUUGGCGCGAGCUUCGCGAGAUCAUGAUUACACGGUAUGGUAAGGGCUCAGAGGAAGAAAUAGGCAUAUCUGAACAGCUUACUAUUAUACUCAAAAAAGGCGACAAGAAGAUAGACGUUGUCGAGUAUGAGAAAGGUAUUUUCGAUGUCGCCAUGGAUUUGGAAGUUUGGGACAUUCGCCGCAUCCAAAUGACCAUAGAGUUGGCGGUAUCCUAUGAAGCGCGCGGUGAAUAUUUCCUUGCCGAAGAACUCUACAUAACACUCUGGAGACGCCUUACUGAGCAGUGUCAUCAUCCUCACCACCAUCAUGGGGUGGAAAUCCACAUUCACACCAUCGAUGUAGUCUUAGAGUACGUGCGGUUUCUAAGACGCCGUCAUCGGCAUGAAGAAGCCUCCAACGUACUCAUUUGCGUUUGGACCGAGUACGAAGGGUACGAUUUCGAAUCUGAGACGAUUUUCCUGCGACUCAAAGUCGUUGGCGAACUCAUGCGUGCUAUCAACCUUCUGUCCGUAGCCAUUUCCGUGUUCAAAAAAUGCUGGGCAUGGUUCGAGUCUCAUGGCAAGCAUGAGCACACCGAAUCCUGCGAAGUCUUGAUUUCCGAGACUAUGACAGAGAUCAUCUCGACGACAUCUACGACGACCGCCUCCAUUACUAGCACAACGCCGACAACUACAGAGACGGUCAUCAAAGAGCUUUUCGAAUCGACCAUGUCCCGCAGUACGGUGACAUCCGAGACCUUUGCAAUCUGCAAGGGCCUCGUCUCCUACUACAUGAGGAUGGAACAAUGGUCCCAGUGCAUCGAAGUGACGAAACGAUCGCUACUGCUUGUCUGGAAGACGAUCAUAUCCGGGCGAGGGACCAUUGCUUUACCUAAAGAUUUCGGGUCCGAGGCCAUCGACAUUGCAACAAGCCUUGCCGUUUGCUAUGACCGCUCGCAUCGUUUUCAUGAAGCCGAGGAGAUCUAUAUUCGCAUUUAUCGCGCGUGCCGCAACUCCUGCCACAUUCACGAUGAGCGCUUGACCAGAUCCUACACUGUGCUUAUCAAGUUCUACGAAGGACACCGUCACUGGCACAAUAUGAUCGAAAUUUAUCAUGAACUUCUUGUCGAGUACCGCAAGCUCCUAGGCACUUCCCAUACCCUGACUAUCAAGAUUCUCUACAUUCUGGGCUCCCUAUGCGCUGACCAUGGACAUGACCACGCUCACGAGUACUACGAAGAGAUCAUCACAACGCUGAACCAUGGAUCGGCGGUCUGCCACCACGAUGCUUUGGAUGCCAUGUUCUUCAUGUUCAAAUACCAUAACGAGGGUGGUCAUUGGCACAAGCUACAGGCGAUCUGCAAGACUCUCUGGCUGACUUGGAAAGACCUACAUCAAGGAUACAAAAAGUUCGGUGUCGAAUUCGUCGAGGUCCUUUAUCUGCAUUAUCGCUACGUCCUGGAGCAUCAUAGUCACUGCGAAUUUUCCGUUCUCCGGGAUUUGACCGUUGAAUAUCGUAAUGCUUGCAUCAAGAUCUUUGGCGCUUCCGCUACGGUCACUCUCAAGGCCUCCAUAGAACUCGCUCAGAUCUACAUGAAGAGUGAGAAGCAUGUCCAUGAAGCUUUGUCGAUAUGUGAAGAGGUGUUGACCACGACGAAAACAACCACGACCCAGAUAUCUGAAACGACCAUCACGACUGUUAAGGUGUUGUUGACAAGGGCGUACGUGAAGGUUUGCAACCACAGUUCUGUAUCAAAACCUACCGUUGAACGGGCCAUCAAAGUGGUUCUCGAACGCUUUAAUUCCCUGAAAGCAACCUUUGGCUGCUCUCAUAUUGAGACGUUGACUGUCCUACGGGAGCUUGUCCUCCUGUAUAUGAAGCUGGAAAGCCAUUCCAUGGUGGUACGCAUGCUGCUCGAUACAACAAUCGAGAUCAUCAAAAAGGAAAAGCACUCCAGGACGCUCCACGAGGCCGCAAAAACCAUGGGCUCCAUUUAUAUCGCCUGUGGAAUGGCUGAGCAAGGCCACGAGAUGAUUCACGAAAUGCGACUACAGCUGAUUACCGGAAGCGCCAGCUCGGACAAGUCGAGCUUCAAAAUUGACAAAUCCACUGGUAAAGGCUGUUACGUCUUCCUGGUUACGUUUGAACAGAUAGUUCUAGGACAGAUGACCAUCAGCUACUCCGAAAUCAUGGCCGAUCUCCUCACAGAGACGAUUCUUUACGAAUCAUUUACCCGCUGCAUCAACAACAAGUCCCAUACUGAAGUCAUCCUCGCAAGGGCUGGUAGCCUUCGCGCCUUCUUAGUCUCUCGCAAGCGCAAGGUACAAAUUGAGGUUCUGGAACAUCAAGCUCACGAGAUCUUCAUCAAGAAGUGGGGAUCAACCAUCAAGGUGCGGAGCGAAGUUAGCCUUAUCUUCUGCAACAGUCUACUCGAAGAACUUGGUCGUCACGAUACUCACAACGUAGAAAUUGGGCCUUCUGCGUGCAUAUCCAGCGUUGCCAAGGUCCAGUACUUGCUUAGCGAAGACCGAAUUCAGCAAGCGUACGAAGUGGCGUUCUGCGCGCUCAACUUCAUUAAUCAACAACGCGCAUAUCAUCAACUGCAGAACGUUGGCUACGGCUUCAAAUUGUCUGCACUCAUGGCUGGCCGUGGUCUCGAAAAGCCAAUGAAGGCGGAAGUCGACCCCAAAGUUCGCAAUGACAUGAUGGAGCUUUCGCGCAAGAUCAUCCACGAAGUUCUACAAGCAUGCAAGGAUUCCAAGAUCGACUUUGUGCGCUUGCAGCUGCGUGAGCUGAACGACCUUGCUGGUCUGCUUGGCGAACAGCAAAACCACGUAGAUCUUGAAUGGCUCCUCAAGCUACUCUGGUCCUCCCGCGAAGUCCAAAAGAAAUGGUCCUCUACCACCAUCGUCUCUAUCGGUCGCCGCUACGUGCAAGCAACAUAUGCCAACAAAGAUCACCGUUCCCACGCUAUCCGACUCUGCGAAGACAUCUGCUACAAUCUCCGCCGCGUAUGGGGCUCCCUCGACCCGAAGACGCUCGAGAUGUCCGAGCUGCUGUCGCAACUGUACACGAGCAUGGGCCAUUACCGCGAGGCGAUGGGUGUGCACGAAAACAUUCUGAGACUGGUCGUAGAGGGCGACGAUGGCGAUGACAAGACUGUCGACACAAUGGACUCGAAGAGGGUCAAGAUGCAUGUGGAAUGGCUGAAGCAGUGCUACCUGCGCCUGCAAGGCUGGGACAAGUCUGCCGCUACCUACAGAGACCUCGUCAGCGCAGUCCUCCGCAUGGAAGAGUACAGGCACAAGCCAGAGUGGCAAGGCGUACACGGCACCGACCACUGGGACAAGAAAGAACCGGCCUCGGACCGCAUCGGCAAAUUCGUCGCGCCGAAGGAGUGGGAGUUCGAGGACCCCGAGACCGCCAGCGGGCAAGACAGCGCCGGGGAAAACACCACGUACAAGCGAUCAGGUAUGGGUACGAAGAGGGCGACGAGCAAUUGGGGAUUGAACCACUUCCGCCACGUGUUGAAUGGGGAUUCUGAGGUACACCACCACGAUGGUAAUCGGACCAAGGCACCGGAAGCGGCAAAGCCGUUGAUCCUUGACGGUGACGACGAUGGGUACGAGAGCGCCCGCUGA